GUAGAGCAGGAGCAGCAGUUGAUUCCUUCCCUUUGCCUCUUAGGAGCCACCCUUCCGGGGAGGAAUCAAAGAAUUGGAAUUGGAGAUGAGGCAAUUUAUGUACCUUUGGGCAAUACAAAUGUAAGUGUGCCGAGCUCGAGCUUGUUUAAAACUGUUACGGUCAGAUGCGGACACUGCACCAAUUUGCUGUCGGUCAACACGCACGCGAUGCUCGUCCCCUCGCCCAAUCAGCUCCAUCUCGGCCACUCCUUCUUUUCGCCGCAAAACCUUCUCGAGGAGAUUCGUAGUGGCCCAGCUAACUUGCUUGUAAACCAGCCGAACCCAAACGAGCAGUUUAUGGCGGUUAGAGGGCUCGACGAGCUGCCUAAGCCUCCGGUGGCUAACAGACGGAUGAGAUCCAACUGGGCCCACUUUCCCCACAUUCACUUCGGACUGAUGCCUGAGCAACCCGUGAAGAAGCCAAAUCUGUGCCAA